UGGACAUGCGCGGAGUUGCAGCGAAUAUGGCGGCAUGCUGAUAGAAAGUGAGGAAUCUCCCAUCAAAAUACCCAGUUUAAACGGGAGCGGGACUAUGCUCAGACGUUUUGUAAACCUGGAUGUUUGGGCCAGAGUGUCAGCGUAAACCGUGUGUGUCUGUGUGGGGAACAGCCGGUCUGACUUGAGCCUUUCUGCAACCGCACGUUUAACUUUGGUCAUCAUGGGCCGGACACCACACAGAGAUCAAAAAGAAGAGAAAGAGAGACGAAGCAGCAUCACAGCAGGAUCUCCCCUCGACAAAUCUAAUGAACCGUUCAGUUGGGAAGACUAUCUGAGAGAAACAUCCUCUACUGCAGCGUCACCUACUUGCUUUAAACAGUCCAGAGUCCCCCCCUCCAAUGACUUUAAAGCAGGUAUGAAACUUGAGGCACGGGACCCUCGCAACUCUAACUCUGUGUGCAUUGCAACGGUGAUGGGCAUGAUGGGUACUCGUCUACGCCUGCGUCUGGAUGGAAGCGACAACACCAAUGACUUCUGGAGACUGGUCGACUCGUUAGACAUCCAACCAAUAGGAACGUGUGAGAGAAACGGAGACAUGCUGCAGCCACCGCUGGGUUUCAGGAUGAAUGCCUCCUCGUGGCCCAUGUUCCUCCUGCGGACGCUGAGUGGAGCCGAAAUGGCCCCUGCCUCUGCUUUUAAAAAGGAACCAGCCAGUCCAGUUAAAAACUACUUCCAGCCUGGUAUGAAGCUGGAGGCGGUGGACAGGAAGAACCCCUAUCUGAUUUGUCCUGCCACAGUGGGAGAAGUCAGAGGUCAGGAGAUUUUCGUCAUGUUUGACGGCUGGCGAGGGGCCUUUGACUAUUGGUGCCCCUUCGACUCCAGAGACAUCUUCCCCGUCGGCUGGUGUGCCCUGACAAAACACAGCAUACAGCCGCCUGGAAAUUUCUUUACCCUCCCUGGUGCCCUUCUCGCUCCCGUGUCUUCCACCUCAGCUUCCCUCACUACACGUCGCUCAUCUUCCAAUCCCUCCUCCUCCAUGCAGACUUCAUACCGACUGCCCAAUCCCUUACCACCCCUCCCUGUGCGCAAGGGUGUCCGAGGUCGACGUCCCAAAUCCCAGACUAUUGCUUUGUUGAAGGCGGCAGCUGAGGCUGCGGCGGCGGCAGCAGUAAAUGGAGCAUCACAGAGCCCUGCCAGAAUGAUCUCUGAGACUCAAUUGGCCCCCAGACCACACAAGAAGAGAGGGCCGAAGCCUAAGAACAAGAAGAAGCCUCAGGUGAUGCAAUCCCAGGGGGCACCAGCAGUUACAGUUCCACCUCCAGAGACCAGACUGAGCUCCGGACACGUCUCAGCAGACAACAACCAUAGCAACAGCUCAAAUGUAGUUUGCACAGUGUGUGUCUAUGUGAACAAGCACGGUAACUAUGGCCCACAUCUGGACAGAAAACUAGUGCAGCAGUUGCCGGACCACUUUGGUCCAGCUCCAGUAAACGCAGUGCUUCAGCAGGCUGUCCAGGCCUGCGUGGACUGUACGUACCAGCCCUCUGUGAUGCUGUCGUUCCUACAGAGCCAGUCCCACACAGGAGGAGAGGUCAUCAGAGUGCGGUCAGAGCAUGGUAUCCGCUACGUGAAGCUGCCCUCUGCCUCCAGUACGUCUUCUGUGCUGCGGUUUCUGGAGAACAUGUGCCAACAUCUGGAGAGUGACAGUCUCUUCAGCUCGCAGCCCUUUAGCCCCUUCAGCAACAACUCGCGCUUCUACAACAGGACCAAGUCAGAACCACUGUCCCAACCUGAGAACAGCAUGUCCAAUGACGAUUCCACAAAGGAUCCCGCUCCCAGCAUCCGCCCCCCUCACACCGCAUCGGACUACAGAGCAACAAAGAAGGAGCGGCCAUAUUAUCCUGGACACACACACACGCCGCCACCCCUAAGAAGGUUUGUCAUUAUCUUCCACCCAAAUGAAUUGGGCAGAGUGCCCACCCGACGAGUGGAGGCAGCUAGCUCAACAACAGGCCCAGACCACAUGAAACAGGACAAGGAGGGUUCAGGGAACGACGCCUCCACCUGGUCAGUUGAUGAUGUCAUGCGGUUCGUCCUAGAGGCUGACCCCCAAACUCUCGGCCCGCACGUCGAGCUGUUCAGGAGACAUGAGAUUGAUGGCAAAGCUCUGAUGCUGCUGCGCAGUGAUGUCAUUAUGAAGUACAUGGGACUGAAGCUGGGCCCGGCGCUCAAACUCUGUCAUCACAUCGAGAAGCUGAAACAGACCAAACAAUAGAGGAUGAAGGCAUUCUUUUUUUUUUUCUCUCACUGGCAACUUAACACACAACAAACAUGUACUUUUCUACAGGGAUGUAGUGCAGUGUAAAGCACCUGAACCAGGGUCAUAGCUAGCAUUGAGGACACUGAGGUCCAACUCGCUGUUAUUUUUUCUGUGUGUGUGUAUUUGGAGGUUGCAGGGAGUUUGCAAGUACAAACUUACACACAGUGGUCUUUUUAUGAACUGAGCCCAGUAUUUUUUUGUAUGAAGCAGUUUAAAUCUGACUACUUUUUGGCCAACAAAUAUAUAAAUCAACAGUCUUUUAUUCUGGGCAGUGUAGAGAAGGUUUUGAAACAGCUGUGAAACAAAAUUAAUAGUUAACCGACUAACCAGAAUAUGAAAAAGUCCAUGUUAAUGAAACACAUUUGGGAUCUUCUUUUUCAUUUCCGGUCAAAUUCUUUUGAGGGUGGUGUGGUGUACGUCAGGGGACUUAUGGCCUCAGUAUUUCUAAAAUCCUGGCUACGGCUCUGAUGAAGUCACAGAUCACAAUUCACUUUUACAUUCAAACAGAUACAUAGUAUCAUCAUUUGCAUUACUGUAAUUGGUAUCAGAUAUCUCAGCAUUUCUUUAUGUCAGUGUCUUUUUGCUUUAUUUUGAACAACUGGAGGCCAUAAUUUAUCAAUCUUUUUAUUUACCAGACAGGCUGUAGGCUUUGCAACUUUAUUUCUUUGGACAUCCGCCUGUCCAGAUUGGAAAAGUUAGUUCAGGUAUUGGGAGUGAACGUCUCUUGCUGCUCACUGCAUCAUUUAUAACAAUGCAAUAAAGUUUUCUGAAUGACUGCGUCUGUUACAGGCUGUUAAAUUUAGUUCAUGCAAGGCAUUGAACGACGUUGUGAGCAUUAUUAUUAACAGAUAGUUUCAUUCCAAGAUGUUGGAGAAGUUGUUUUGUUUCCUGAAGUCAAUCAUUGCAUGAAUGAUUCUUGUCCUCAAAUACUUUUAAA